CGGUGACUGCGAGCACAGGCGUUGUUCAGAGACUGAUGUCUGUUGUUGGUGUUCACAGUGUGGUCAGCAGUUUGUGGAACUACGUGGACACAACAAUAAAGUGGUGCUGGAUCCCCGGUUGGCUCCCACCAUGGUGCCCCACUUCUCAGAGCCAGCUACAGGCUGCAGAGCUCAUGAUGCUCCGAUGUGUAGACAGUUCUUUCUCCAAAAAGUAUGUCCCCAUAUCCAGUGACAAUCAGCUGUGGACCUUGACCUUUAGCAAUGUCGGUGUGAAAGACAAAACCCCUUUGGUUCUGCUCCAUGGGUUUGGCGCUGGUGUGGGCCUUUGGGCCCGGAACCUGGAUGCUCUCUCUCAGCAUCGGCCAGUCUUUGCUCUGGACCUGCUGGGUUUUGGUCAGAGCAGCAGACCUCAUUUCUCUUCAGACACACAAAAGAUAGAGGACCAGUUUGUGGAGUCUAUUGAGCAAUGGAGAGCUAAAAUGGGUCUGGAGUCCAUGAUACUGCUGGGACACAACCUGGGAGGAUACCUGGCUGUGUCAUACUCCAUUAAGUAUCCAGGCAGAAUAAAGCAGAUCGUUCUGGUGGAGCCCUGGGGUUUUCCUGAGCGCCCAGACACAGAAGAGUCUGACCGUCCCAUCCCGAUGUGGAUCAAAGCCCUUGGGGCCAUGUUCAGCCCGUUCAACCCCCUAGCUGGCCUGCGACUGGUCGGACCACUGGGUCCAACCCUUGUCCAAACCCUGAGACCUGACUUCAAGAGGAAGUUCUCCUCCAUGUUCAGUGACAACACUGUGUCAGAGUACAUCUACCACCUGAAUGUACAGACCCCCAGUGGAGAAACAGCUUUUAAGAAUAUGACCAUUCCCUAUGGCUGGGCUAAGAGACCAAUGCUGCAGAGGAUGGACCAGCUGCAGCCGCAAAUCCCCAUCACCAUUAUCUACGGCUCCCGGUCCAGCGUCGACAGCAACUCAGGCAGCACCAUCAAGAAGAUGAGACCACACUCUCAUGUGGAAAUCAUUACGAUCCGUGGAGCCGGACACUACGUGUAUGCCGACCAGCCGGAGGACUUCAACCACAGAGUGUCGCAAGCGUGUGAAAAAGUGGCCUGAAGCAGAGGCGAGCCGUGCCAUUGAACUCUGGAGAAAAAGGGGAGCACCAGUAACACCAGGCACAUCACCUAGGCAGCUGGUGUAGAAGCACAGGAUUCCAAUUCCUCACGGCAGGAAUAAGGAGUGUUUGUACAUAAGAAUAUUCUAAAAGGAGGAGCACACUGAUGCUCUAUCUACUGAACAGGGGUUUCGGUCAUGUUCUUAGAAAUUUGGUAAAUAUGAUAUGAGGGAUCAAGUCCACUCUUAAAUGCUACUUAACAGUGAUCCUACUCGAAGAUAUGUGCUGACGUCACAUGCUACAUUCUAAAGCACAAACCACAGCUGUAACGUCUUGGUUAAUCGGUUUCGGUAUUUUCUCAGAACUGCCUCCCAAUGCAGUGAAGAAACAACCUUCAUUCAGGGUUGAGCACAUUUUCGUCCAUAUUUGGCCUUUAAUAUUUCCUUCUGUUUUCCUAACAUGUGCAAUAAUUUGUAUAUAACUGAUAAAUAUAAAUUGAACAAUUUAUGAGUUUCAUUUCAUCAUGAUAAAUAUAUAUAUAUAAAUGAUAUGGAAAAUAUCAUAACUAGUACACCCUAAAGUACAUCAGACUGAAACAGAAUCAAUGUCAGUGCAUUCGAAGAGCUCAGUUACACUUCCUGUACAGAGCUUGAUCUGUGCAUUGUGGUUCUUCCAUAUAUUCUGAUACAGACAGGAAAUACACUCAUCAGUAUAUAGUUCUACUGCAUCAGCACCAGGAAGUGGCUAUAAAUGAAUCUGCUGCCUGUAAUGUUCUUUUCUGUAGCACCUCUUCUCUGGGAUUUUUUCAUGCUCUGUUGUUUUACUCAAAUUUUAUUUCAACUGCAUUCAUUGUGAAUUAAUCAAAUUAGCAUUAGUCUAGCCCAGAAAUGGGCUGAAAACUACGAAACAUAUAUAACUUUUGCUUUCCUGUAGCCUGCAGAGAGUAUACAGUUUGCCUGUGUGACGGUGUGUUAGCAGAGAAGUGCCAAAGAUUUUCCACUGUACAGAAGUGAUUCAUACAGCAUUAAGGAAGUUAGGGCCAAAUGAUAAUACAACUUCAAUUUUAUUUAUACAGUGCCAAAUCAUAACAAACAUUAUCUCAAGACUCUUUACAAAUUAAGUUCCUGACGUUAAAAAUGAUAUACACCCAACAAUUCCCACAAUUUGUGGCUUUUUUCCCCGAGCCCUCGAUACACAAUCCUCAUCUCAGAGACACAAUCAUUUGAAAGCAUUUUAGAGAAACUGUAAAUUGAAAUUUCUUAUUUGCAAACUGGAAGCACAACUGACAUAGUCACUAUUACGCCUGUUUAUUUCUUUUUCACGGUUGAUGUGCAAACAUAGGUGUCUGAAUUCUGUAUUUAUAACAAGGGUCUGUCCAUUUUUAUUGACAGUGUAACGUGGCAGUAUAUGCACACACACUUCACAUAUCACACUUAACUGUUUUCUGGAGCUUUGACUUUCAAGAUGGUGUUUGUUUGGUGUUUGUUAAAAUAGGUUGUUUUGGUAAACGGCCUCGUGUCUUAGCUCUCACCUGAUGAGCAAGUAACAUUUAACUGUUAAAGGUUUUAGGCUUCUGGUAAAUGCUUCUUGUUAAAGUCCUGUAAAAACAGAAACAUAUGUCUGAAGUAAAUGACACUAUUGGUGAGCAAUGUUAGAUUCCAAGGCUUAAUAAUUGUAAUUUGUGCAACUACAAAUGUUGAUGUGGUUUUAAAUUCUAGUUUUGCUUUUUUAACAUCAUCUGUGGUUGCGUAGCCGAAGUCCAAAACAUACAGAUUGCAUUCUGGGGGUAUACAGUUUACCAAGCAUGAAAAGAUUCAACAAAGUAUCAGGUUGCAUUGUGGGAAUUGUAGGAUCUAGCGAUUGAGAUAGACCCAUACUAGGGCUUAUAGUCAGGAUAUGUCUGACUACAUAAUCACUGAUGUGCCCCUUACAAAUAACAACUGCAGUGUGUCAAUGUAAAUUGAAAUAAUUGUCAUUUCAAAGAAAACAAUGGAAUGUCUACUAAGCCUCUACGUAUAAUUAAUGGACUUACAUGCCUCUCUACCUCUUCUGCUGGUACUUUGGAAAGAAUAUUUUUUUUAGGCCUGUUUUUAGGUGAUUUUAUAAAUUAAAUGUUCUUAUGUUUUUAUUCCAUAAUAUGAAAUACACAAACUCAGCAUUCAAAGAAACUGAAGGAAGUAAGUCAAGAAUGCUCUUACUGUGAAUUGAUAUUGGAAGUAAUUUGUCACAAGGAAAUAGGACUUUGUAUUUUUGACUUUGAGUGUCUUGAGCUAGUCGCUUAUUUGUUAUUGUUAACUGGAAAGAAAUUUGUAUUGCAUCUUUUAUCUUGCCUCCAAAAAUGUUCCCUUUUGUGACAGUUCACAAAUUUCUACUUAUUUUAAAUGUAAAUAUAAAUAAAUGUUUGCCAUAGUAGA